AACUAACUAGUAACUAGUUGAACUUUCUGAAAAGCCGAAAUUUGUCGAUUUAUAUUUUAUUCUACUUCUUUUUUAAAUUAUUAAUUACUACAAUUUAUAAGUAUAGUUUAAUUUAAUUUAAUUUAAAAAAAAUCUCAUUAUUAUUGAUUUUAAUUCCAUGCGAUGAUCAACAUACCGAAGCCGUUAUUGUAUGUCAGCGCUUUUAGCACAGUUAUUGGCGGAGCAUAUCUUUUUAAAGAAUCUAUAACCGGCAAGUCUUACAAGAUAAGAACAUCUGCAGCCAAUAAAAUUAUUAUCAUAACGGGAGCCAAUACAGGCAUUGGCAAAGAGGCGGCUAGAUUGCUUGCGAUUAAAAAUGCAACAGUAAUUAUGGCUUGUCGAGAUUUGGAUAAAUGUGAAAAGAGUCGCACAGAACUUGCGCUACAGUCCAGAAACAAACGAUUAUACUGUAGGAAAUGUGAUCUAUCGUCUCAAGAGUCCAUUAAAGAGUUUGCUAACACAUUCAAAAAAGAAUUCAAUAAACUUGAUGUGCUGGUCAAUAAUGCUGGUGUGAUGAGAUGCAAAAAGUCGACAACUAAAGAUGGUAUUGAAACCCAUUUGGGUGUCAAUCAUAUAGGACAUUUCUUGUUAACUAAUCUAUUAUUGGACUAUUUGAAGAAAAGUGCUCCAAGUCGUGUGAUCAACAUUACAACACGUCAACAUAAAUCUAGUCAAAUUAACAAAACCGAUUUAAAUUCAGAUACAUCAUACGAUGAAGAAACGGCUUACAAUCAAAGCAAGUUGGCCAAUCUCAUGUUUACGGCCAAGUUAGCAGAUGUUUUAAAAGACACUGGUGUAACAGUAAAUGCAGUUUAUCCCGGCAUAUGUACAACUGAUCUUUCAAGGCAUUUACCUUAUUACAAUAGCGUCACUAGAUUUAUUAUUAAGCCUUUGGCGUGGCUAUUUAUGAAAUCUCCUUCAAAAGGAUCACAAACCAUAGUACACGCCUCAAUAGAUCCCGAAUUAGAAAAUGUGACUGGACAGUUUCUCAGUAAUUUUGAAGAAGUUUCAAUGCCUAUUCAAGUAAAAGAUAAGAAAACAGUCGACUGGUUAUGGAAAGUAAGUGAAAAGUGGACCAAGCUAGAAGAAGAAAAAAAGUAAAUAAAGCAAAAUUAUUUUUAUUGGUUAUUUUUAUUGUACGUACAUUAGAAUAUGAUUAUAAAACUCGCAGUAACACUAUUAGAAAUACAUUUUAAAUCAUUGAA